CAUGACCGUUGAAGAACUGAACAAGCAGCUGAUGAAUCCUAAGAUGUUACUCAACAAUACAAGAGCCAACCGCAGUGCUUUCUCCGUCGCUCUAAACAAUGAGAAAACAUUGAGCUGCUUUGACGUCCUCAGUAGAAGCAGAGUCAUAAUUUACAAGCAUGUCUUGCUCAACCUGGGAGGUGGCUACAAUGUGCAGACUGGCGUUUUCACCGUUCCCCGUUCUGGUGUCUACAGCCUCGCUGUCUCCAUCUACGGCCCUGGUCUGUCUGGCAGAACCCAGCCCACCUGCGCCGACCUGCAGGUUAAUGGCAAAACUGUGGCUGGACUCUUUGAAAAAACUGGUCUGGACAAUGAAGACAGCAACACCGUCGUUGUAGCCGUGCAACUGAAAGCUGGGGACAUUGUCACCGUCAGCCUGCCUGAUGGCUGCAUCGUCUGCGAUGACACCAACCACUUCAACACUUUCACCGGCUUCCUGCUGUAUUCUACUGACAAAAUGUGAAAAGAUGUAGCUUGUAAAAUUUCCUUCACAGUGACAAGAUCAUAGUUCAGCAAAACGCUCCCUCAUUGUUUCGUCUGUUUUGACCCACCGUGAUUCACUGUUCUUCUUUACACCCUGUUUCCAUUAGUUACUCUCAGUAGGUUUUACAGAAACCUUCCUAAUCAUCUUUUCUCAUUCUCAAUUUUAUUUCAAAUGUGUUGGCAAACCUUAAGAAUGACUUUUAUAUCUCUUUAAGUUCAAUAUCUUG